AUGGGUAACACUAAUUCAGCAAGAAAGAACCAUAGGUCAGCAGCUGGUAACUCUCGACCAGAAUCCAUAGCCGGCUCACCAGAAUACUCUCUCUUCCAACAACCUCUCAACAGCAGCAACCUGUCAGAUGCCAAAAACCUCACUUCUCCUUCCAAACAACACAAACAACACAAAUCAAUAUCAACUGGUCUUUUAUUUGGUCAUAAUAAUCAUCACUCCAACAAUAUCAAUGGUAGGGAUAUCAUUCUACCUGUCAAUGAAAUGUUCGUUGUCGUUUCUGCACCAACAACACCAUCACACAACAAUAACAACAAUACCAAACAUAACACCAACAAUAACAAUACACAUAUAUCGAGUCAAUCAAAGAUGAUUCCUCAUCAUCAUUCUCAUCAUCACCAAUCAUUCGCAUCAUCAUAA